AUGACAUCUUUCGAGUUAGGCCAAAGCUCUUCUCGGGCGGAACAGUUCGAGGAGAACCCGGGAUCCAAGGCCGACAUUGAUCUCGUUGAGCGUGCUGGCGCUGGUCAAGCCGCCACCUACGAAGAGUCAGUAGCAGCACGUCUUCCCAAAGCCCAUCGCGAUUAUUUGCUUGAGCGACAUGGCACAUUGGAACUUGAUCCAAUCCCUGGCAUGGGCCCAGCUGACCCAUACAACUGGCCCGAAUGGAAAAAAAUGGCCAACCUAAUUCUUGUUGCCUUUCACGCUUGCAUGGGUACAUUUACCGCUGCAGCAAUUAUUCCUGCCUAUUCCGACAUUGCUGCACAGCUCGACAUCCCUCUGCAGACUGCGAGUUAUUUGACAUCCCUCCAAAUCGCAAUCUUGGGAGGUGCCCCCCUCUUCUGGAAACCCCUCUCCAAUCGCUAUGGACGUCGCCCAAUUUUCCUGUUGUCUCUUAUUCUCAGUUUAGUGUGUAACAUCGGUUGUGCAAAGGCCACCACCUAUGCAUCACUCGCGGCUUGUCGGGCCCUGGUGGCCUUUUUCAUCUCUCCAGCCUCGGCGAUUGGCAGUGCGGUGGUCAUGGAGACCACGUUCAAGAAGGAUCGAGCCCGUUACAUGGGUAUUUGGACACUCAUGGUCACAUUGGGUGUCCCGAUCGGACCACUCAUCUUUGGCUUUGUCACCUACCGUGCUGGUUACGGGUGGAUUUACUGGAUUCUAGCUAUGAUCAACGGUGGUCAGUUUAUUCUAUACCUGUUCUUUGGACCAGAGACCCGGUAUCUCGGUGGUGGUGUCGAAAACAACGAAUCGAACUGGAAGCAAGAGUAUAUCACACUUCGCCGGAUCGACCCCUCGCCGUUGACAGCGUACGAGUUUGUUCGCCCACUGACCAUGGUCCGCCAUCCGUCCAUCGUCAUCCCUGCCUGUGCGUACGCGAUGAUCUUCCUGUUUGGUAGUAUUCUGGCAACCGUCGAGGUGCCACAGCUCUUGCAGAGUAAAUUCGACUUGAACACAGAGCAGCUGGGUCUCCAGUUCCUGGGUGUCAUUAUUGGAUCCUUGAUCGGCGAGCAGUUGGGUGGUGUCCUGUCCGACCGGUGGAUGCGCUUCGGAGAAGGCCGUCGCCAGCGCAAGCCCGACCCGGAAUAUCGGUUAUGGCUCAGCUACUUUGGCUUCGGUCUGACUAUGAUUGGUGUUAUUGUGUUCUUGGUCUGCACGCAGACUUCCCCUUCUGGUCACUGGAACGUGACCCCCAUCAUUGGCACUGGUAUCGGUGCCGUUGGUAACCAGCUGGUCACCACCGUGAUGAUCACUUAUGCCAUUGACUGUUUCCCCCAAGAGGCCGCAAGCAUCGGUGUAUUCAUCACCUUUGUGCGCCAGAUGUGGGGUUUCAUUGGGCCCUUCUGGUUCCCAAUUAUGCUCGAGAAUGUUGGAGAGGCACCUUCUGCCGGUAUUGCUUGUGCAAUGAUCGUUGCCGUCAGUGUUAUUCCGACCGUUUUCUUGCACUGGCGUGGAAAGAAGAUGCGUCACGAGGAGUAA